AUGGCGGUGAAUCGCAUCCGGGGCGCUUUUGCCGCGCCUCGGAAGGGAGAGACGUUUGAGCUGCGGGCGGGUCUGGUCUCGCAGUAUGCGUACGAGCGAAAGGAGUCGAUCCAGAAGACCAUCAUGGCCAUGACGCUGGGCAAGGAUGUCUCUGCCCUGUUCCCCGACGUCUUGAAGAACAUUGCGACUGGCGACCUUGAUCAAAAGAAGCUGGUCUAUCUGUAUCUCAUGAACUAUGCCAAAACGCACCCGGACCUUUGCAUUCUCGCCGUCAACACGUUUGUCCAAGAUUCAGAAGACCCGAACCCUCUCGUACGAGCGCUCGCCAUCCGCACAAUGGGCUGUAUCAGGGUGGACAAGAUGGUGGACUACAUGGAAGAGCCGCUGAGGAAAACGCUAAGGGAUGAGUCGCCAUACGUGCGCAAGACCGCGGCAAUUUGCGUGGCCAAGCUUUUCGACCUGAACCCGGCCCUGUGCAUUGAGAAUGGAUUCAUCGAUUCACUUCAAGAGAUGAUUGGCGAUCCAAACCCAAUGGUAGUCGCAAACUCGGUCCAGGCAUUGGCCGAGAUCAGCGAGACGGCGCCCGAAACGAGAGCACUGCUAGUCACGCCUCCGAUCCUCAAGAAACUACUGAUGGCUAUGAACGAGUGCACCGAAUGGGGUAGGAUCACCAUUUUGACCGUGCUAGCAGAUUAUGUCGCGGCCGACGUCAAGGAAUCGGAGCACAUUUGCGAGAGGGUCAUCCCGCAAUUCCAGCACGUCAACCCUAGUGUAGUCUUGGCCGCUGUCAAGGUUGUCUUUAUUCACAUGAAGGCAAUCAACUCUGAGCUUGUGCGGUCGUAUCUUAAAAAAAUGGCACCCCCUCUUGUCACAUUGGUUGCAUCCCAGCCAGAGGUCCAGUACGUUGCCCUCAGGAAUAUCGACCUUCUUCUUCAAGCCAAGCCAGACAUUCUGAGCAAGGAGCUGAGAGUCUUCUUCUGCAAAUACAACGACCCGCCUUAUGUGAAAAUGCAGAAGCUGGAAAUCAUGGUCAGAAUAGCAAAUGAGAAGAACUACGAACAGCUCCUUGCAGAGCUGAAGGAAUAUGCUCUGGAAGUGGACAUGGACUUUGUGCGCCGAGCCAUCAAGGCCAUCGGCCAGGUGGCCAUCAAGAUCGAGGAUGCGAGUGCCAAGUGCGUUCAGGCGCUGGAGGACCUUCUCGCCACCAAAGCCAACUACGUGGUGCAAGAGGUUGUUGUGGUCAUCAAGGACAUUCUGCGAAAAUACCCUGGCUACGAGGGCGUGAUCCCUUCGCUUUGCAAUUACAUUGACGAGCUGGAUGAAGCCGAUGCUCGUGGAUCACUCAUCUGGAUUGUGGGUGAAUACGCGGAGAAGAUUAGCAACGCUGAGGAGAUUCUCGAUGGCUUUGUUGACACAUUUUCAGAGGAAUUUACACAGACCCAACUUCAGAUCUUGACAGCCGUUGUGAAGCUGUUUUUGAAGAAGCCUAGUGGAGCGCAGAGUCUUGUCCAGAAGGUACUGCAAGAGGCAACGACCAACAACGAUAAUCCCGAUAUCCGUGACAGAGCAUAUGUCUACUGGCGAUUACUGUCAGGAGACCUGGAAGUUGCCAAGAACAUUGUGUUGUCAACAAGACCAACCAUUUCCACAACAAUGACGAGCCUACCAACAACGCUGCUAGAGCAACUUCUGUCAGAGCUCUCGACUCUUGCAUCAGUAUACCACAAGCCCCCCGAAGCCUUUGUUGGCAAGGGUCGUUUCGGCGCAGACGAAAUCCAGAGGGCUGCUAUCCAGGAACAGCGCCAGAACGCCGCAGAGAACCCCAUCGCCGCCUCUGUUGCCGCCAACGGAUCCGGUUCCGUCUCGCAGAACAACAUUGAAAAUCUGCUCGAUAUCGACUUUGACGGCGCGGCCCCGGCUUCUCACGAGCAGAACAGCGCAACAGGAACGCCCGACCGGGUGCAGAGCCCAGCCACGAGCGGUAUGGCUGAUAUGAUGAGCAUGUUUGAUGCCCCUCCUGCAGGUGGUAGUUCAGCACCGGCUGCUGCUCCCGCAGGUGGCAUGAACGACUUGAUGAACGGGUUCGAAGGGCUUAACUUUGGAGGUGCGACUACCAGCGAGCCACUGCCAGCGGCCAUGCAGCUACACAAUGCGCACGGUGGCGCGCAGCCCAAGAAGGAUAGCGAUGACCUUUUGGGUCUGUUGUAG